CAAUCCCAGCACAGAAUAGAGUUCGAGAAAACAGAAAGAAGAUAUCAAAAGAAAAGAAGGUAUGGAGAAUCAUAGAGCCCAUCAAGUCAUUAGCAUAGAGGAUGAACCAAAGGGCGGCAUAGAAUCCUCGAUUCGUACAAUACAGGAAACGAUCAACAAGUCGGCAUUCAUUAUCAUUCAAAGGCGGUUGAAUGAAAUGAGGAGAUUAGAAGAAAUUGAGAGUCAAGCGAAUCGAAGUUAUAGGUUUAGGUACUCUGUAUGCAUAUAUAGAUUCCCUCAAAGUCUCAAAGAAAUGAGUUGCAACACCGCUGAGCCAGAGCUCGUGUCGAUAGGUCCUUACCACCGAGGCAAACCUGCUGUCCUGGAAUUCGAAAACUCUACCAAAUGGAAGUUAGUUGGUUCCCUACUUCGCCGAACUGGGGAGGAAACGGGGGUGGUCUUACAGCGCUUAGUUGAUGCCAUGAAAGAAUUGGAGACGAAGGCAAGAGAUUGCUACUCUGAGCCCAUUGAAAUGUCAGAUGACGAUUUCGUUCAGAUGAUAGUGAUUGAUGGUUGCUUUGUUGUUGAGCUCUUGCAACAUGUUUGUGGGGAUGAGAAUGGUGAAUACUAUCGUCUCAGAUACAGCAGCCCAAUUCUCACGAAGCCAAGUCUAAUUCCAGUUCUCACGCGAGACCUCCUUAAGCUGGAAAACCAACUUCCCUUCUUUGUUCUUGAGAGGAUAUUCGAUAUCUGCAUCGACAAAAGCGACCCCUUGAGACUGAUGGCCUUAAAACUAUUCAGUCAUUCCCUGCCAAGAUCUCAUCCUGAAUCACUCAAGAGAGCAGUAGACCCGAAUUGCAAGGUAGAACAUCUACUUCAAUUGUUUCACUCCAGCUAUAUCACCCCGAUAUUGAUUCCGCAAAACUAUGAUCAACGGCGACGACCCAUGACAGAUCACUCAAACGCGUCUGAUCAAAUUCAACAUGUGUCACGGAUUGUGAUUAUCCUACAGAUAAUCAUUGCUGUGAUCCUGUCUAUACUCUUGCCCUUUUGGAACUUCUUUCGUUGGAUUUUUGGUAAAUUCAGGAAUCUUCUCAAUCUGUUUCGGAGGGUCAACACCCCCCCGAGAACAAAUACACAACAUGGGUAUCACCCAUUGUCUGAUCAGUCAAUGCAAUGUGUGACACGACUCCGGCCUGCUGGGAUCAAGUUUAGGCCACGAAGAAGAACCGAUAGCUUAUUGGAAAUAAAAUUCCAUAAAGGACUGCUAGAAAUCCCGCCAAUAACUAUCAACAAUGUCACCAUUGCCGCCUUGAUCAAUUGUGUUGCCUGGGAACAACGGGGAAGAAUGCUGCACACAUACCUCCAGAUGCUUCUCUGCGUAUGUUGCCUUCAUGAAUUGCCUCAUCAACUCGGACAGAGACGUUACAUUCCUUUGUGACGAUGGAAUAAUCACAAGUUACUCCCACGAUGAUCAACAAAUUGCUCAAACUUUCAAGGAAUUGGGAGACAAAGUUGUGUAUAACAUUAGGGACUGUUACCUCUCAAAGCAAUUCAAAGAAAUGGAGGCAUACUAUGGCAGCAACUGGGCAACUUUGAGACGCACAUAUUUCAGGAGUCCUUGGUCGUUCAUCUCAGUUGCCACGGCUGCUCUUCUGCUCGGAUUCACGGCAAUACAGACUAUUAUGGCCAUUUUGAGCUACGUGGACCAUUCAUAGAGACUUGGUUAGGAUUAGGUUUUGGGAUUUUCUUGAGUUGGACUUGGCCCAAUUUUUUUUAUUUUGUAUUUGUAUUGUUGUGCUGUUUAGGUGUUUUGGGCUUGGCAGCCUUGGCCCCAAGGUGGUUUUUGGGCUUUAUCCCAUUGAGCGUUUUUUUUUUUUUUUUUUCAGCCAACCUUUUGGUUGGAUCCCUCUCCCCCUGACUUGAUGUACUAUUUGUCAAGUUUUCCUCAAUAAAUUGUUACCGAUAAAAAAAAAA